AUGGCUGUACUUUUUCAUUUUCAAACUCAUGGGCUGGGUGCCCACAGUGGAGGCGGCCUUCUACCUCGAGAGCCACAACUGGGCCUGGAAUCCGCCGUCCGCUCCUACUACGACUCCGCGGACGGCGAACCCGACGCCGGCGCCGCCGAUCCAGUGCCCCCGCCACCAGAUGCACCAGCCGGAGGUGGGGAGGACACCGAGGAUGAGGAUUACGUGGUCGGCGGCGGCGGCGGCGACGAGGACGAGGAUGAUGAGGACUACGUCGAUGGCGACGACGGCGACGAUGAGGACGCCGCGCUCGCCGCUGAGGCCGUGGCGGAAGAGGAGAGGAGGAGGCCUGUGAAGAAGCAGAAGAGAAGCCACGACACGCGGGGUGGGAGCGGUAGCAGAAGCGGCAGCAGGGCCAGGGCGGGUGGUGCGAGUGCGCGGGGAAUUGGAAUGGUUGAUCAAUCAAAACGUAAAAACAACACGGAUGAGGUAUUCAAGCAAGCUAAAAGGAAGGGGCUAAGCAAGCCACCAGAAGAAAUUGUCCAUAACAUCUACUUCUGGAGGAAUGGCUUCACAGUAAACGAUGGCCCACUUAGAAGUUUCGAUGAUCCAGCAAAUGCAUCCUUUUUAAAGAGCAUCAAGGAUUCUGUCUGCCCAACUGAGCUUGAGCCGGCUGAUGGGAAAUCUAAGGUGAAUGUGAAUCUUGUCCGGAAGGAAGAAGAAUUUACUGAGCCAGUCAAGCGUGCUGCUCCUUUUGAAGGGGAACGAAGAACCCUCAUGGAACCUUCUGAUAAUAAUACUUCCAGUGCUGCUGCUCCCAGUAGUGUCACUGCUCCUCGGGCAAUCACAGUGGACGAUUCUUUGCCAUCAACCUCCCUCCAAAUCAGGUUCGCAGACGGCAGUCGCUUGGUUGCCCGUUUCAACACAAGCCACACGAUUAGCGACGUGCGGGCAUUUAUCGACGCGACAAGGCCAGAAGCCAGCGAUUACACGCUGCAGGCCGGGUUCCCCCCAAAGCCGCUUGAGGACGCGACCAAGACCAUCGAGGAAGCCGGCGUGGCCAACUCGGUGAUCAUUCAGUCGGUCUAG